CUCAGCCAUAGUAGGUUAGUGAUCGAGGAGCGUGAUUGAUCUCCAUGGCUGUUCUUUUAGCUGUAAAAUGCGGCGGUAUCUUCGAGUCUUGUUCGUCUGCACGCUGUUAAUCUUCUGCUCGCUGCUCUACGUCUUUAAUCAGCUGGUGUCGUCUCUGGAGAGCGCGAAUCAUCAGGAGCGAGCGCAGCGGACACGCGCAGCGGAUCCAGGCCUGAGUGAACGCGCGCAAUAUGACAGGUGUAAUUCAGGCUCUGUCACUCGCUGGAAACCGUAUUGGAGAAUCAGCGAUGCCGUUUGCCCAAACAACUGCGUUACGGACUCGGCUCUUAGGUCUGCAUCCCGCGUGUCCGGUGGCCCUGAGCCGGAGCGUUUGGAGCCGGUGGGGCUGGCGGUGGUGGCCUGCGGCUCCAGACUGGAAGAAACGCUCACCAUGCUAAAAUCUGCCGUCCUCUUCAGCCGCAGACAUUUGCACUUUCACAUUUUCGCAGAAGACGACCUCCAUGCCGGAUUCAGACAGACGCUGGAGUCAUGGCCGCAGAGGUUUCGCUCCAAGUUCGACUACAGCAUUUAUCCCAUCACCUUCCCCAGCGAAAACGCCAGAGAGUGGAAGAAACUCUUCAAACCCUGCGCUUCACAAAGACUCUUCCUUCCUCUGAUUUUAAAGCAGGUGGACUCUGUGCUGUACGUGGACACGGAUAUCCUGUUCCUGCGGCCGGCGGAGGACGUCUGGAGCUUCCUGUCCCGGUUUAACGGCAGUCACGUGGCCGCGAUGGCGCCGGAGCACGAGGAGCCGCGGAUCGGCUGGUACAAUCGAUUCGCGCGACACCCGUACUACGGCAAAACCGGCGUCAACUCAGGAGUCAUGCUGAUGAACAUGACGCGCAUCAGACACAAACACUUCAAGAACGACAUGACGGCAGUGGAUCUGAAGUGGGCCGAUCUCCUGAUGCCUCUGUUACACAAAUACAAGCUCAACAUCACGUGGGGAGACCAGGACCUGCUCAACAUCAUAUUCCACCAUAACCCAGAGAGUCUGCUGGUGUUGGAGUGUCAGUGGAAUUAUCGUCCCGAUCACUGUAUUUACGGCAGCAACUGCAUCAGCGCAGAACAACACGGCGUUUACGUUCUCCACGGCAACCGCGGCGUUUACCAUGACGACAAGCAGCCCGCCUUCAGAGCCGUUUAUGACGCCAUUCAGCAGUUUCCGUUCGAUGAAGAUCCGGUCCGUGGUUUGCUGCUGCCGCUGGAGGAGAAGCUGAAGAGCACCGAUCACACGUACUGCGGCCGAUCACGACACGCCUUCACCAAACGACUGCGGCAGACCGUCAGAGACCUUCAGGAAGAUCACCACAGCUCCAGACGAACCGAGGUUUGAGUUAACGCUCGCCAUUGUGACUAGAGUCACUUUGAACCUCAGAUACGAUCAGCGGCUGACAAUCAGUGUCGACAAACCUCACGUCUGACGGACUCAUCAGGGAGCUCGUUUGAGUGAACGAACAUGUCGUACAGUGAGUGUCCUUCAUCAGGUACGUUUACUACAGAAACGUUUACAGUAGUUCAGAUUUGAUCACAGUUACUGACCUUGAAAGGAAGAGUUCAUCCAGUGUGUUCAUCCUCAGGCCAUCAGAGAUUGUCCCACCAAUGGAUGUGAAUGGGUGCCGUCAGAAUGAGAGUCCAAACAGCUGAUAAACACAUCACAAUAAUCCACAAUGUACUGUGGCUGAAGACACGAAAAGAGAAAUGGAUGAAUCGAAUUGAUUGCGUGAGUCAUUUAUGCUGGAAUCGCUCCGAUUGAUUCAAACUCGUGACUUUGAUCAUUCAUUUCAAGCGAUUCACUAGCACAAACCGGAACAAAGUAAAAGCGCCGUUCAUUUUCAGUUUCAACAUCACUUUUAAUGAUUUUAAAAAGCAUAGUGACAGGUGAAACAAAGCUUUUCAAAACUAAAUUAGUUUAACCAUUGCAUCGCAGAAAGAUUCACUGUGUUGAUAUGCUCCAAUCAGAUUGUGAAUCAUUUGAUUCAGAUCAGAACUUUAAAUGGAGUAUUGCGAAUCAUUUUAUUUAAAUCAAGACUUCAAAUGGAGAAAUGUGAUUCAUUUGAUUUAGAUGGGGACUUCGGAGAGGGUUUGCGAAUCAUUUAACUUAGAUUGGAACUUUGUGUAUUGCAAAUCAUUUGGUUUCAAUUAGGACUUCACGUAUAGCAAAUUAUUUGAUUGGGAUUGGGACUUCAAAUGGAGUAUUGCAAAUCAUUUGACUUAGAUUGAAACUUCGGUAUCAUGAAUCAUUUGAUUCAGACUGGGACUUCAAAUGGAGUAAUGUGAAUCAUUUCGUUUCAAUCGAGACUUAAUGUAACAUGAGUCAUUUGAUUCAGAUCGGGACUUUGGAGAGGGUUCACGAAUCAUUUGAUUCAGGUUGAGACUCCAAAUGGAGUAACGUGAAUCAUUUCAUUUCAGUCGAGACUUAAUGUAACAUGAGUCAUUUGAUUCAGAUCGGGACUUUGGAGAGGGUUCACAAAUCAUUUGAUUCAGGUUGAGACUCCAAAUGGAGCAUUGUGAAUCAUUUGAUUCAGAUCAGGACUUCAAAUGGAGUAUUGCAAAUCAUUUGACUUAGAUUGAAACUUCAGUAUCAUGAAUCAUUUGAUUCAGACUGGGACUUCAGAGAAGGUUCACAAAUCAUUUGACUUAGAUCUGAACUUAGCGUAUUGCGAAUCAUUUGAUUCAGAUCGGGACUUCAAAUAGAGUAAUGUGAAACACUGGAUUUCAGUCGAGACUUAAUGUAACGUGAAUCAUUUGAUUCAGUUCAGGACUUUAAAUGGAGUAACGUGAAUCAUUUUAUUUAGAUGGGGACUUUGGAGAGGUUCGCGAAUCAUUUGAUUCAGGUUGAGACUCCAAAUGGAGUAUUGUGAAUCAUUUGAUUCAGAUUGGGACUUCAGAGAAGGUUCGCAAAUCAUUUAACUUAGAUCUGAACUUUGUGUAUUGCAAAUCUUUUGAUUCAGAUCGGGACUUCAAAUGGAGUAUCGUGAAUCAUUUGAUUUAGAUGGGGACUUUGGAGAGGGUUCAUGAAUCAUUUGAUUUGGGUUGAGACUCCAAAUGGAGUAUCGUGAAUCAUUUAAUUCAGAUCAGGACUUCAGGUCAUUUCAUAGCAGGACUCAGAGCACGGAUCGCAAAUCCUUCAUUUUGUGGAAUAAACCCUGCUCCGAGUCCUGAUCUGAAAUCUGAAAUGUUUUGCGAAUUAUUAUUCAGAUCCAGAAUUCAGUGUGGGUUCAUGAAUCAUUUGAUUCAAUUCUGACUCUGGAGCACGUGUCACAAAUCAUUUCUUUCAGAUCAGGAUUUCAAAACGGUUUCGCAAAUCUUUCUUUCUGAUUUUUUUUUUUUUCUAAUACAGUGGAAAAUAUCAAACUGUAAGUGAGAUCUCUAAUUGACGUCCUUAAAAAAAAAAAAAAAAAAAAAAAAAAAAAAAAUUCUGCUUGAAAAGUCCUUGAAUUUCGUUUUACAGUAUCUGAUGAAUCCUGGAUUAUGGACUCAGUGUAUUUAGGUUAAAAACAUCUUGAUGGAUUUGUUUCAGCUUUUGUCUUCUCAAGAUGUGAACUGAUGGACUGCAGUGGUGUGGAUUACUUGUGGAUUAUUGUGAUGUUUUUAUCAGCUGUUUGGACUCUCAUUCUGACGGCACCCAUUCUCAUCCAUUGGUGAGACAGUGAUGCAAUGACACAUUGCUACAAAGUGAGUUUCCAUUAGUGUUGGUGUAUUUCUGCUGACCCAGGAUCAGCUCUUCUCAGUUGUCAUAAUGAUACUCAUGGGAUAUAAACUGAUUCCAGACCAGCACUUUUCAUAUUGACUGUUUCACACACGAGACGUCCACAUUCGUCCUGUUUCUCAGCUCUCAAUGAUAUUCAGUGUUUUCUCAGAAUACUAAAACUGUCAUGUAGGUGAAAAUCAAUUCAGAUGAAUCACAAAAAUCAAUGCUUUUAUACAGAAAAAUGAUAAAUUUGUCUUAUAAUUGUUUUUAGUCUUUAUACUGUAUGUCUGAAAAUAUAAAUGUGGGAUUUAUUUGUGAUGCUCAGUGCCAUUUUAAAAAUGAUUUUACAUUUUAAUGACAGUUAUUAGAAUUAUAAUUACACUUAUUCAGAUUAUUUUUGACAGAUAUGGGCAGUGAUUCUGUUUGAAACAGUUUCUGUAAUAGAUGUCAGUGACAUUUCUACCAUCUAGGUUACAUUUCACACAUAAAAAAAAUAAAAUAAAAAUAAAUAAUUAAUUAAUUAUUUAAAGUAAAGAAAAAAAUUAUAUUACACUUUUUAAUACUACAAAAAUAUAUUUGUUAAUAUAUAACAAAAAAGGUUUUGACAGGUCAUUUGUAAUAUUAAAUAAAUCUGCUCUGAUGUGUUACUGAGAAAUUUACAGAUUAAUUUAGGAGAAAAUCAGGUGAAAUAUUUGAAAUGUCUGUGGUUGAAAUAUUAAUUGUUGAGUCUGUGUUUCCUCUCAAACGUCUGAUGUGUUUGCAAUGAUGACAUCUGAAUGAUACAGUAUAUUUUUGUAAUAAAAGUUGUUUGUUUGA